AUGCGCAUAACCCUUAUAUACAAUGCAGAAGAUCGCAUAAAAUUGUAUGCGAGAUUGAACGUUAUCACCGGGUGGCGCCAUCUAUUGGAUGGAGUAUGUAGCGCGCCCCCGUACCAAACUUCAGUCGCUGCCUUCCAAACACCACAUGAUCCCGACGCGCCUUCCCGCCAAUACCCUAAGCUCCGCGAAUUUCGCCACUGGCUAGUUGGCAACAUCCCUGGCGGCAACGCAUCCGCUGGAGAAACCUUGUCGGCUUACGUCAGUCCUGUCCCGCCACCAAACACUGGCCUCCAUCGCUACGUAUACCUGGUGUACAAGCAACCCUCCAGGCUUAAUUUCGAUGAAUCUCGUUUGACUAACACGUGA